CACAUAUCUAUCCCGACCAUGGCUGCACAGCCCCCAGAACACAUCGCCGAAGAGCUGCUCCAGCGCGCAUACGAGCCUGAAACCGCCAGCAGAAUCUUCAACGAAAAGGUCAAAAAGAUUCCACUUUUACUGCGGCCCACUUCACCAGAUCCGAGCAUCAACGCGCGCGCGAAGCGUCAAUACGAUCGUCGCCAGAAAGAGAAAUUACAACGAAAGUCGAAGAAGCCAAAGCCUCUCUCCGCAAAGCAAAAACGCGCAUUAUGCGUCUACGAGAUCCCCAAGGACCAGCGCAAGUACGCCAUCUAUGAGCCGCUGCAUCGUAUGUGGUGCGACUACAUGCGAGAGAUCCUUGGCUUGAAAGCAGGCAAAACAUACGUCGAUGCGAGUGGCGCGGGUCCCAUGCUGGUGACCGCCGACUACCAUGGUGCUCUCGUGGAGGUUGUAAGGAGCAGAUGUCCAAGCAGAGUAAGCCUGCGCGGGAUUGUGGUCAAGGACACGAAACAUACACUGGAAAUUAUCACGAAAGGGAAUGAGUUGAAGAUUGUGCCCAAGGAGCAGACUAUCUUCAGGUUUGAAGUGCCGUUGGAGGAGAAGGAGGAGGAGGAAGAAGGUGGAGAAGAGAAGAGGAAGCCACUCGUCUUCGAGCUCCAUGGACAUCAAUUCGAGUACCGGGCACCUGAUAGGGCGAAUAAGAAGUUCAAAAUGCAUAUCGAUCCGGAUUUAUGAUGCAGCCUGGAGACUUUGCCCCAGAAUUCAUUCACGAGCGUGCUUGUUGGCUGUAAGUGUGAACCACGUAGCGAGGUAGGGUCAUUCAUGUCGCGGAGCCGCGCUACACCUCUGAUCCGAAGCAAAUCUUCGCACACUGUUCAAUCACCGACUUCCCAAGCACGUCCCGGCUCAGUGGCAGGUCCGCCAUACUUGUCACCAUCAAAAGGCUCCUGACAUUCGUAACUACAACAGCGCAAAGCAGCCUAUGUCAUGUCACUGAAGGACGCCGGGAUUGGAAUACAGGUAUACAUCCACCAAGAAGAGGAUCACACAUGUAUAUGACUGCGUUCCACUCAAUGGCAGGUGUCAUUUCCAGCUUCACGCUUGGGACUGUGUUGCCCUAUGCGGAAUUCUGGGACUAGAGCUAUGUAGGUAAGGUCGUCGCCGACUUAAUCUAUAGCUUCGCCCUACACAUCGCAUUGGUUCGUCUGUGCCUGGAUUCCGUUGGCAAACUCACGCAACGAAAGGAGUCUUACUUCUUAUUAUACGCCCCUCCAAUACCCCUCUGCACAGCAGGCCUCGCCGCAAUACGAUCAAUCCACUUCAGAAGAUGUGGGAAACCUUGCACUUCCUCCUUGGUAAAGCCACUUUUCUCCCAGUUCUUGACCCAUGGCCAAGUCUUCACAUCAGCGAUACUAUAUUUCCCCUUUCCAUUACCUGCCAGAUACUCCCGUGGCUCUCCGGUGUAUUUGCCACUCAGGUGGAUCUCCAGCACGCCAAAGACGCGCAGAGUCUCGUUGCGGAAACGCGUAAUUGCGUAGGGGAUCUUUUCUGGCGCCGCACGAGUGAAGUGGUUGACUUGGCCUUGGUAUGGAGCGCCAGAGCCAUGCCAGAAGCUUGGUGCGGCAAGCAUUGUGUUAGUGAGGUGUGCCGGUCGGUACCUAUGUUGUAUGGGUGUGGAUAGGUGGGUAUAGUCGGCUGAGCUUACAAAGUCCACUGCAAAGCUUGAUUGCGCUCAAGAUCGUCGGCAAAGCCAAACUUGUCUUGUUUGUCGGCGAACUUGAGGAGGUAAAAGAGUUCGGCCGAUGUCUCGUGGACGGUGAAGGGUGGGGACUGGGAGUUGUCUACCAAGACUGGAAUUCGACCUGCGGUGGUGGUGAUGAUGGAUGUCAGACACCGAGCACAUGAAGUUGUCCCAACUUCUCCCUGGCGCUGUGCCUCUAUACUCUACAAAUAUGGAGCUCAAGGCAAAAGACAAUAUCC